AUGGCAAAUCAGGCUGCAUCAAGUUUUCUACCAAUGAUCCCAAAGAUGGAAGAUUGGUUGAUUAUAUUGAAAGUCAAACAACAAAAGGAACCAAACAGUGGAGACAUUGUUGAGUACACUACGAGUGAGUAUUUUAAUCAGCAAUGGGAAUUUAAAGUGUCUUACAAUAAAGACAAGGACCUGUUUGCGUGUGAGUGCAGGCUAUUUGAGACUCGUGGACUACCGUGCUCCCACAUCUUUGGGGUCUUGAAGCAUCGCAAUGCAAAAUGCGUCCCUACAUCUCUUAUCCUGAAAAGAUGGAUAAGAGAUGCAAAGAGUGAUUUUAUAUGCUCAAUUGGUGAGCAAGACACUGCUGAUGAUAUAGCGCCCACACUUAGACGCGGUGUAAUGGCAUCUAUUUGUUGGAAGCUUUGUGAUAUUUCUUCCAAAAAUUCAGUAGACUAUAGGGAAAUCUCAGGUGAGUUACUUAAGCUAAUUUCAAAGGUGCAAAAUAAAGGUGAUGCACAAGCGAGGCUUUCCCCCACUUCAGCGCUAAUAGGUGAUCCAGCUGUUGUGAAGUCAAAAGGGGCUCCAAGAAAGGUUCCAAAAGGCCAAAAGAGGCGAAGAUGUUCGCAUUGUAAGUCGGACAGGCAUUUCGUUAGGACAUGUCCAUUACUCGCCAAGGAGGACUCCCCCGCCGAAUACUCAAAUGCUGAAGAUGAACCAAUGGUAUUAAUAUAA